CGUCCUUGGGCCCAUCUACCCCAAGUCGUGGUCAUACAUUCAGACGAUCAGAGGCAUCGCACCGAGUGCCGAAUCACUGCUGCACGGCCAUCCUCCACAUACAGUCUUCCAUCUCACCGGACCAUACGUUUACCAUAAUGUCCAACUACACCAACGGCGGCUCCGUUUACGCGCACAUGCCCGCAUCACCCACAUCACCCAAUGCCUUCGCGGGCUUUCAACAAUCGCCGCGAGACGCCCAUGCGAUGUACACGUCCAUGGGCGCCGUUUUCGCCUCCUCUGGCGGAAACCAGUCUUCAAGGAGCAAGAACUCCUCCGCGGGAGGUGUGCUGAAGAAGUUGGCGUCGAGGAAGUGAUAACGCGACCUGCCGCGAUGAAUGGAGUUCGAGGGAAAGCUGGUGGUCCAUGGGCGGAAAGAGAAGAGGGCCCAACCAUUGCGUUGCUGGACACGCACCGAUCCAUCCGCAUCUGCAUCCUUAUUCUUCGCAUAUGUGCCAUCGCCAUAGCGAGACCACUGUAUCAAC